UGAAGAGCUUCGUAGACCUUCUUCUCCAACUAGAGGCUCUCCGGUAAACGGGCAAUACCCUCGUCUUUCACCUUUCUCUUCUCCUCCCGAAUUUGAACUCACCUGGUGGACAAGACAAUGGCGAUCGAUAAAAAACUCUUAUCUCUUCUACUCCUCGUAUCCUCCUUAUCAUCAAUCGCAUCAGCAUCCUUCUCAGAUCCAGAUUCCGAUUCAGAUCUCACCAACGAGCUCGCUUCCCUGAGAUCAAACUCCGAAUCAGGCGUAAUCCAUCUCGACGACCAUGGAAUCUCCAAAUUCCUCAUCUCCUCUCCCACUCCACGUCCUUACUCAAUCCUCGUCUUCUUCGACGCCACUCAGCUCCACAGCAAAACGGAGCUCCGUCUCCAAGAGCUCCGCCGCGAGUUCGGCCUCGUCUCCGCCACCUUCCUCGCCAACAACAACGGAUCCGAUCUGAACAAGCUUUUCUUCUGCGAGAUCGAGUUCUCGCGGUCCCAGUCUUCCUUCCAGCGAUUCGGCGUCAACGCUCUCCCUCACAUCCGUCUCGUAACCGCUUCAACAGCGAAACUAAGCGACGAAUCUGGUCAAAUGGACCAGUCUGAUUUCGCGAGGUUAGCCGAAUCCAUGGCUGAGUUCGUCGAGCAGCGAACCAAGCUCACCGUCGGUCCGAUCCAACGUCCGCCGUUUCUUUCCAAGGCGCAGAUCAGCGUCAUCGUGGCGAUGAUCGUAAUCGCGACUCCGUUUGUCAUCAAACGGAUUCUGAGAGGAGAGACUCUUCUCCAUGACCAUAGGCUUUGGUUAUCAGGCGCUAUCUUCAUCUACUUCUUCAGCGUCGCGGGAACGAUGCACAACAUUAUCAGGAAAAUGCCUAUGUUUCUCCAGGAUCGUAACGAUCCGAACAAGCUUGUUUUCUUCUACCAAGGAUCUGGGAUGCAGCUUGGAGCUGAGGGGUUCGCUGUGGGGUUCUUGUACACUGUCGUUGGGUUGCUCUUGGCGUUUGUUACUAAUGUGCUUGUUCGGGUUAGGAACCUUAAUGUUCAGAGACUGGUGAUGCUUGUGGCUCUGGUUGUGUCCUCCUGGGCUGUGAAGCAAGUUGUUUACUUGGAUAAUUGGAAGACUGGUUAUGGGAUUCAUCCCUAUUGGCCAUCGAGUUGGCAGUGAGAGGAUGGAUUUAAUCAUCCCACAAGGCCCAAGGAAUAGAAGGCCUGGCCCAGACCAAGGAAAGCGAUGGCUCGAAUAGUCGGCUUAAACCGGUUGAUUACUCGGCUUGCCUCUACAGUAUCUCGAGUCGAGCGACGCCGACUAAGAGGCACACAGCUCGGCGACCGCUCGGACGAAUGCGGGCCUCUCGGCCCAAUAAAGAAGGCCCACGAAGACGACUUAAGCUAGGUCAAGAACGACACAUCAGAGGACUAUAUAAGGAGAAGGAAGAGAAACGAGAAGGGGAUCCGAAAUCAUCUGACUAACAUCUGGCGGCUAGAUUAGGGUUUUCACCUUUGCUUCAUCUUGCCGUUAUUUGUAUUUUUCCGGUAGCUCAUCGAGUUGCCGGCUUCUCUUCUGUCGCAUUCUCUUUACUUCUCUUGUAACCGACUGAACAUCUCUUCCGACCGUAAUAAGACGUCUUUGUUAAACCCACAUCCUUUUAUCACCGUUUUCCGAUCAAACAAUCAUAACACUAAAACGUACAGCAGUCCCCUUACAUAACCACGUAGAGUUUACAUGUGCAUCUAGUCUUUCGUAGAAAAAAAAUGAUUUUGCUUAGAAGAUGAUGUAGCAUUAUGGGAUCUUUUAGCUAUGUUUUUUGAUCUUCCUCCUCUCGUUUGUGGUUUCAUUUCUCUGAAAAUGUAUUUCCAUCUCAUUCUCAUGUUUCUUUCGGUUUGAAGAAUCAGCCUGAGUCGAGAUUUGUUUGCUGAGUAUUGAGUUCUUUGUACAAUUUAAUAUGACAGAGAUAAAACUUUCGGUU